CGUUGGUUAGCGAUUAUUACAUGGCGUUGACAGUAAACUUACGAAGUGUUGAAAACUGACGACUUCAGUAUACAUGAUUGCCUCAUGGAUUGACAAGACACCAUCAGUAGCCAGGCUACCCCUCCCUAGCAACCAGGGGGGAAAGUAACGACAAGGGGGAAGUGUGCUUCCCACCGCUGGAUUUCCUGCAACUCUCAACUGAUCCACAUAGAAAGAACCCUUGGUUUGGGCUGCUAUGUUUGAUGUAGAUGUCAGGGAUGUGGAUUUAAUCUAUCAUGUGUGAGACACAGAUUGACAAUCGGCAAUUGUGUGAGGAACGACUAGAUGUGAAAUUGUGAUGGAUAACCUCAUUCCCCGAAUUCUGUAGUCUCCGUCAACUGAAAGGGGAGACAUUUCAUGCUACAUGCAAAGGAUAUAGGAAGCUUAUAAACACAAGGAUUUCACUGUGAACUCAUGAAGCGUCUUAUUUUACUUAUCUGAAACAACAGCUCUUUGUUAGAAGUGCAAGGUUUUAUUUAUUUGAUUAUUGAGAAAAACUUGACAUUGUGUAAGACAUUUGUUUGAUAUGUGAUCACAUUUCUUUGAUAAGAGGCAUAUUGCAAGGAUGAGAUUACAUUAUUGGUUAUGAAGGAUAUUGACAGAGCGAUUCCUGAAGAUUAAAUAAUCAAAUAAAGAAAUGGAAGUUGAAGUACAAGGAGGAUAAAGGAACAGCCAGCUAGAGGGGGAGGAUAUAAUUGCAUAACAGGGCAAGCUGAGGGAAGGAUUGUGACCUGAUUUAUAAUAAUCGCUUCCUGGGAUGGUGGAAAUGUGGGGAAAUGCUUGAAAGAAUGUAGUUAGUGAACGACCAGGGUAAUUGAAUCACACAGAGAGCCAGGCAGUGGAAGCUGAUACAGGCUGCAUGUCAGCCUCAUCCAGUAUCCAGUGUACACAGACAUAAUACACUCUGCCUCUCAGCUGGAUGUAGUCGCUAUCAUGCUCCUCACAGUGUUGUAGUCUUCACUGAGUGCUGCAACAAUCUCUAGGAGUAGGGAGAUAUUCAGCUGCAGCUGCAUCCAUUGAGUGACAGUGAAAGCUUCCCAUCAAUUGACUGCAUGACCGGACAGUUGUUGGCUGCCACACAGGAUAACAUUUGUUACUGCUAUUGUGUUGGUGAGAAGACCUGCUUGUUGUUCUGCAACAGGUGACUUGAUUACCUGCUUCAGAGAUACAGUGUGGGAGUUGGAAGAGUAUGGCGUUUCUCCCACCUGUGAGCGUUGGCUGAAUGCUGUUUGAACACAUGCCUAGAUAGCCUCUUCAAUACAGCAACUAGGGAUAUAAAAAUUUAUUUAAAUCAGAGGUCGUAUUCCAGUAUGCGGGUUUGUGACAAGUGGAGUGUUUUUUCCUGCACAUAUUUUCCGCUGGAGUAGUUUUUAGAUGUUUCAUGGAUGAGUAACUUCAUAGGAUGCCUGAGCCUCAUGUGAAAUAAUUACAGUCUCAUAAAGUUACUCUUUAGUAUGUGAACAAUGAUUUUAUUUUGAAAAAUAAUUUUAGACAACCUACUUUUAGGUAAAUUUACUAAAGUUUUAAUUCCAUGUUUAACAGUUUUAUAGUACUUUAUAUAUUUAUGAUUUGACAUUCUUCAUUCAAUCAAAAUGAAAGCGGAUCGUUCAGGUGCUACUUGGCUGCGUGGUCGAGUGUGUGUGUGUUUACGGCACAUGGUCACAUCAAAGUGUAUUUUGGUUUUUUUAUGUCUGUUUAUAACGGUGCCGCUGGUCGGUCAUUACUAUCUCUCCAACAUUGCUGGGGACAUUGACCACCCCAUACAUCGGUCAAGGACUAAACUGGACUACCCUGACAGUGAUAUUGAUUUAAGCAAAAGCUCAGAGCUCAAACAUCAAAUUGAAGAACUGCGCCGUAUCAAAGCAUCUGUUAAUAAUGAACUGCGUGAUUUAGAGAGCAAGAGACAAAAACUUCAAGCUGAAGUUUCAGGGUAUACAACUCAUAUUGACACCCUAAAAUCUCAAUAUGAGACGAUAAACAAAGAGGUGAGUCAGCUGAAAAUAGCCUUGGACCAGCUACGUGUGGAGAAGGAGGAGACCAUUAUGCAGUAUAUUCCCAACAUCAAGGCACCACAGAGGAUCUUGAUGGAGGCCGACCCAAGUGAGAACAUUCCAUUGCCUAUGUCACCCCAGUCCUGCAGGAUGCAUUCAUGUUUUGACUACACCCCGUGUUCACUAGUGUCAGGAUUUCCAGUAUUUGUGUACAAUCCUGAAGACAGUUUAUUUGGAUCCCACAAAAUUGUAGACUUUGUUCAGUCUUCUUUUAAAAGUAGUUUACAAAAAAGUGUGUAUGUGACAACAGAUCCCAUGUCUGCUUGUCUGUUUGUUGUGUUAGUGGGAGAGAUAGCAGAAGAUCAACUUGUAGAUCGAGCCCAUUUUGAAAGACAGCUUCACGACCUGCCACACUGGCAUGGUGAUGGUAGGAAUCAUAUUAUUCUUAAUCUAGCCAGAAGCCCAUCGAGCAAGGAGUUCUUUACAGAUGUCAACACUGGGCGUGCUAUGAUGGUGCAGUCAGUGUUUGUAAACAGUUUAUUCAGACCAGGUUUUGAUGUACUUGUUCCUCCAAACUUUGGCAUCGCUGAAGGAGAUACAUGGCAAGAUUUGCCUUCAAUGUCACCUGUGAGAAGAAAGUAUCUCAUUUCAUUUUGGGGAGAGGCAAUUUCCAGUAAGCUUGCACAGAACAUUGAGCAGAACAUACAAAGUAUUCAGAACACAGUGAAUGAGAAUGGAGGUAAUGUGCAGCGAGUGCCACGGUCAGUACAGGAAGUGCCACAGGGAGCAGGACAGGAGGAAGAACGCUCUGAAGAAGGAGAAGAUGAUGAAGAGGAAGAUGGGAACUUUCAGGUCAGAACUCUGAAAGCUGCAGCAGAUGCAACCAGGCUGGUGUCCCUUGAGGCAUCAGUUGUUGCUGCCUUGAAGAAAAUGCAUAAUCAGAUCCCUGACACGCUGUUCCUGCAGUUUUCAUGUGAUGGACCUCGACCUCAGGGUAGCUAUGCUGAGUGGGGUCUUUGUGGGAACAGUGAGCAAAGAACCAAAGUACUCUCUCAGUCAACAUUCUCCCUGGUGUUGCCACCUACAAACUUCACAAUGCUUUCAACAACUGUGUUUCAGAUUCGUUUGUACGAAUCAUUAAAAUAUGGUGCCAUUCCUAUCAUACUUGGCGAUCAUGUGCAGCUUCCAUUUAGUGAGAUCCUUGACUGGAGACUUGCUGCAAUAUUUCUGCCAGUGUCCAGGGUGACUGAGAUUCAUUUCUUUCUGAGAACCUUUACUGAUAGUGACAUCUCACAGAUGAGACAACAUGGGAGGUUCCUGUGGGAAACAUAUAUGAGUAACUCAAAUCGGAUCCUUGACACAACGCUAGCUGUUUUCAGAACAAGGCUUCAGAUUCCGGCAAAACCAGUAAAAGAAGAGCCAACUCCAAGUGUGUUUAAUGCUUCUUUCAUUCCCCUGAAGUUCAAUGGACCGGAGAUGGAGCCAGAGACUGAUGAAGUGCUUGGUCCAACUGAAGCCAGGUUCCCUUCCGAGAAGUUCUACAGAAACUACACUCAGUUUAUCAACUAUAACAUCUUCAACAAGCCCGGGGAUCCAUUCCAUCUGUACCCAUAUCAGCCCUUUGACACUGUGCUGCCAUCAGAGGCCAAAUAUCUAGGUUCUGGCUAUGGGUUCCGGUCAAUCGGGAAGGGAGCAGGUGGAUCUGGGAAGGAGUUCAGCGGAGCCCUGGGUGGAAAUAUCCAGCGGGAACAGUUCACUAUUGUGAUGCUGACAUACGAAAGGGAGGCAGUCCUCAUCAAGGCUCUGCAGAGACUGAAGGGUCUUCCUUUCCUCAACAAGGUGAUAGUGGUCUGGAACAACCCCAUCCCACCAUCUCCGGAACUGCGCUGGCCUGACAUCCAUGUGCCCCUUGAGAUUGUCAAGACAUUCAAGAACAGCUUGAACAACCGAUUCUUGCCCUACGAUUCCAUCGAGACGGAGGCGAUUCUCAGUAUUGAUGAUGAUGCACAUCUUCGACAUGAUGAAAUCAUAUUUGGAUUCAGAGUGUGGCGUGAGGAGCGAGAGCGAAUUGUGGGCUUCCCGGGCCGGUUUCAUGCAUGGGACUUGAAGCACCAGUCCUGGCUGUACAACUCCAACUACUCCUGCGAGCUGUCCAUGGUCCUCACCGGCGCGGCCUUCUUCCACAAGUACUACUCGUACCUGUACAGCUAUGUGAUGCCAGCCGCUAUCCGAGACAAAGUGGACGAGUACACCAACUGUGAAGACAUAGCCAUGAACUUCCUCGUGUCCCACAUCACUCGCAAACCUCCAAUAAAGGUGACAUCGCGAUGGACGUUCAGGUGUCCGGGCUGUCCACAGACUCUGUCCAGCAAUGAUUCCCACUUCCAGGAGCGACACAAGUGCAUCAACUUCUUCGUGAAGGUGUACGGCUACAUGCCCCUGCUGUACACGCAGUACAGGGUCGAUUCUGUGCUGUUCAAGACUCGACUGCCGCAUGAUAAACAGAAGUGCUUCAAAUAUAUAUGAGGCUGUGGACGGUGGGGUAUCUAAUCACAGAGGUAUUACAGGGUGCUGUUUGAGACAUACUGCCUCAAGACUUAGUGUUGCAAGUGUAUAGCAUGGAAGGGGUAUUACGGACGUAACAUAUUGGGCAUUGUGGAAGGGAGACAACUCUUUCAUAACAGCAUCUGUCUCUGUUGAAGAGAAUGGAAUAAACAACCUUCCACGAAGCAAUCCUGGGUCCACUUGCACAAAGCAAUCUUAGUGCUGUGAUCCUAACUCCCAAAAAUUGAAUAUAGACUUAUGAUAGUCAUAGUGCUAAGGUCACUUUGUGCAAGUGGGCCCUGCAGCUGAUGGCUUUCAGAUGUAGGAUAGCUGUAGUGCUGUAGUGGUUGUCUUGUGGAACAUGUCUUAUGUUCUCCACUGCAGACAGACGAGGAAUACACUAAGUGUAUAGGAGGACAUUCCCUCGUACAGAACAUGAUCAUGUCAAUCAUUACCUGGUUUCAAACACAGCGAAGCAGAUCAUUUUAUCACUUCAGAGUGUUACUUCAUGUGUGCUUUUUUGGGGGAAUUCAAUGCAGAUUAUAUUCAACGAAUCACCAAAAAUAUUUCAGAUAUGUAUGAUUGUAUAUUUUCAUCAAAAAUAAUAUUAUGUAAAGGGUGUAGAACAAUGGACAGUGAUAGAACAAUUGUUCUACUGAGGAAUGUUUUAUCCAACAUGCAACCAAAGAGGAGGUGUAGUUCUUGACAGUAGCGAUGCGGAGUUGUUGAACAUGACAUCAUUAUGAGGAGUUCAAGCAUUUCUGAGAUUUCCCACAAACAGCCUUCACCAAAGAAAAGCAAGUCUUCCACUUGUGCAGUUGUGCACUUACAGUUGUGCAGCAGAUGUGCUGCAGUGGCAACAAGUGCAGUUGAUACUCUUGAGGCUGAGACGCAGCAGAUUUAGCUGACUAAUCCAUAAUCAAAACAGCUGUCUGUACUGAAUGUGACUUGGAACAGCUGUCUGUACUGAAUGUGACUUGGAACAGCUGUCUGUACUGAAUGUGACUUGGAACAGCUGUCUGUACUGAAUGUGACUUGGAACAGCUGUCUGUACUGAAUGUGACUUGGAACAGCUGUCUGUACUGAAUGUGCUUGGAACAGCUGUCUGUACUGAAUGUGCUUGGAACAGCUGUCUGUACUGAAUGUGCUUGGAACAGCUGUUUGUACUGAAUGUGACUUGGAACAGUGCAGCUGUGCAGUAGCUGCAUUCUAGGCUGGGGUCUGAUGGUCUGUGAAGCUGUAGUAGACUGCAGACCAUGGGGAGAGAGCUGUCUGGGAUGAAGUGGAGUUGGGAGACAGAGUGACAUACUUGAUUCAGGAGCCAGAGUUAGGCUAACUUGGGCCUUCGUAAACUGACUAAUCCUGUCCAACCAGAACGGGCAAAGGCAGGCAUAGAUGAUUGUCUUCGUCAUGAGUCACUAACGACAAAAUGAAAAACCCUUUGUCACAUCGUUUCAGGAAAAGAACUGCCAAGAGUGUUAAUGCUAUGUUGCCAUUGAUGUGUUCUCAGAACAUUUAUUUGGAAUGUAUAACUAUAAGCAACUUUGAAUGUGUGGACAGUGAAGGCUGCUUGGUGCUGAUGGCUGGAUUUCAUGAUGACAUCAAUACAAACAGGAUAAUCACAAUCAUACCAUAAUUUCCCAGAGAUUUGAUUCAGCUUUUAAUCAUGUACACCUAACACAAACAUGUCUUGGCUUCAAGCAACAAUUCAAUCUAUUUCAUCAAUCAACUUUGGACAAAGACUUCAUACUAUCUAGGCAAGAUGUAUAAGUAUAGUAUAUGGAAACUGUUGUAGAAUUAUGUUUUAGAUUCAGAACGCAUAAUCAGAAUUUUAAUGCUGGUCAGUGAUAUUAAAGAAAUGUUGAAAGGCAAUGGCAACCGUAGCAUUGUUCUGAUAGUGUGAUAUCCCUGCAUAAUAACUGUUUUCAAGAGGUGUUAUACAGCACCAUACAGUCAUGGUUACAGUGUUCAUGGAAUAAUGGAACAGUGUUGCCUUGGUUUCAUUGCUAUUUUAGAAAGAGGCAGAGGUUUGGUGUUGGGGAUAUACAACCUGUUUGUAAUGUUGUACUUGUCUCAUCCUUCAUACAUAUUGGUAGUUUCUGAUUCUAAACUUGAUUGACAGUUUACUGGUUGCAUUGUGUCACAAAUUCUUUAGUGCUAUCAGUGCUGUAACUGUUCAGUGGUCAGUGUAUAUUGUAAUACAAGUUUUAUGCAAGUCAUCUUUAGAUCGGCUUAUUUUAAUCCACAUUGGUCUACAUUUCAUGCACAUCAGCCUUCAUGUCAUAUGCACAUCAGUACUUCAGACUACGUAUUUCCUAUGUCUCAGUAGUACUGAGUCAGUACAUCAGGUAAUAUUUCCUCAGUACAUCGAAUUUCAUUUCCAACAUCAGUACAUCGGAUAAAUUUUCCUACAUGUUAGUACAUCGAAUUUCAUUUCAUACAUCUCGGUACAUCUGGCUAUGUUUCAUUCGCCUCAGUACAUCAAGCUUCAUUUCAUACGUCUCACUACAUCAGACUUUAUUUCAUAGAUUUCAGUACAUGGAACUUAAUUUCAUGUCUCAGUACAUUGGACUUCAUUUAAUACGUCUCAGUACAUCUUGUACAUCAGAACACUCUAUAUAAUAUAAUAAUAAUAUGAUAUAAUAAUAUCAGCAUUUGUACGAGAUGGAUAUUGACUCAUUAAUUUAAAUAUUGUACAUAUGACUAGAAUGUCAUUCACUGUGUGUUCUACCAUGUAUUCUGCCACACUUGUGCAAUGUAAGACUAUGGACUAUCCUAAACCUGCCACCUACUUGCCAUAUUAUAUAAUAAGUGAUCAAAUUGCAUGUCAAAUUCUCAAUAUUUCCCAGGCAUUGACUACCAUGCUCUUCUCUGGUCGUUUGUAUGCCCAAAGUGAUUCUGUAAUUUGAGCUGAUUUUCACAGCAUAUGACUAAAUAACUGACUUUGGAAACAAUUUUCUUUGAAUAUUGAUGUCAGCAGUUACACCAUGUCACCGGGGUCACAGUUACAAUCCUUUGUUGUUGGUUGCUUAUGUUGUGCCCUUACAUGCCAGGAUGUAUCAUGUCCUGGGUUCUAAUCCUGGGUAUGCCCUUCAUGUUUCCAUUGCCUGGGGUUACUACGACCACUUUAGGCUUUCCUACUCCCUUUGCCUAUCAUGUGGUACAUGACUUAUGUUGCAGUGUAUAGUUGCUAAAUAACCCAGUUACUUGUAAGGCUUCUGUAUUGUCAUGUUUAUCAUAGUUUUACCUUAUUGAUAUUAGAUACACCAGGCUAUUUUACUUGCAAUACACCAAAGUAGUGCAAUACACCAAACUAGUUCCAUACAAUACAGAAAUCUAGUUCCACUCAUUUUGUUGUGACUGUUAAGUUGUCAUUUAGUGGUACAGGGUCUAGAUAGAAAAAAAACCCCAUGCAAUCUUUCAUUCCAGUCAUUUAUAUACUUGGGCCAUGGUAUCUUCAUACAAGUAAUGACUUGGUUGAUGCAUGUCAUCAUAUCCAAAUUCUGUAGAUCCAUGGCCAUAUCAAUGCCUGGAUUGUCUGAUCCAGAUUCGAUUAUUUUCAGAAUAACGUCAUAUAGUGAGAAUAUUGCUGAGUGAAUGUUACUAAAAAAACAAACCAAAUCAUACUGAUAAGAUUGUUCUUGAUUUUAAUUUAUCAUAUUGACAUCACUGGUGAAAAUAUACCAUUUGUCAUUUAACUAGCCACUACAGAACUCCUAACUACAUGGCUGUGAUAGUCCUGAUUCAGCGUUAGAUUUUAACUUGCUUUCAAGAAGGGACUUACUGACACAAUUCUUUUUAUCUAUAUUUUUAUAACAAUACAACAUGUACAAUGGAAACAAUCAAAGUGUAUUUUCAAUAAAAUUACAAAAUCAAAGUGACAUAGUUUCAGACAUUGUGAUAAAGGUUUGAACAAUCAUCAAUACUUGACGUGUUAUAUUUCGUCACCUGUGAAUACAUGGACCUCUUUGCUGUUUGUCGCUACCUGUAACCAAUGAGUUGAGCAACAGCCUGGUACCUGUAAGAGCGAAGCCAGCACGUGGUUACAUCACACAAACACUAUUGUUGUUUUCCUUGACAGCGUGUGUAACACUGGUGCUAAUCCUCAGUCUGCUCUGCGCACUGCCUGAAUAUUAGGCAAUGGAAGAGUCUUAUUUGUUGCCCAUGAACGGCCUGAUUCCAUUAGCUUACUAAAAACACACGUCACUACUACAUCAGAUAGUGGCUGUAUGUGUUCACAGGUGAUUGAGGAAAGUAGUGUGUACAAGACUGUGAAUACUGACGAUGUUAACAAUGAGUGAGAUUCGACAACAAAUAAAAGUCAGGCUAUGUAAAAAUGUUUAGUGUUGAAUGAAGAAUCACUCAAGGGGGAUAACUCUUUACACCAUAACUGGCCUGACUACUUUGGUAAGGGUUUUUAUAGUGCUGAAACUGAGAGGAGGUGGAUUAUACUGCCAGCAGCCUGCUGUAUAUUGUGGCUGUAUCAAAUAUAUAAUAUGUAUCUCAUCAUUCUUGUAUGUUCACUGUGAAAAUAUAAAUAUCAUGGAAUUGUAUGUAUUAGUCACCAUGACAACUGUGGUACCAGCAGUGAGAUGUUUUAUGAAAUACGUGGCGACAGUGUUGUUUACAAGUUGUAUAUUUCAUGUAUAUAAACAUGCUGAUCUCAUUA